ACGAGUGAAAUUGUUCGAAAAAAUUUACAAUCUGCGAUCUAUGAACACAUGACCUCGGGCAAUCAACUAUGUAGCUUUUAAUAACAGUAUAGACUGACGCGACCGAAGAUCUUUAUUCAUUACGCAAAGUAAUCAGUAGACUCAUCAAAUCAAGCCCGAAACACAACAAGGAUAUAACGACGAUGGUGCUGUAAUCGGAUUCAUUACUUGUUUUGAAGAAGACCCGAACUCCGUAAGACCCGUUUCGUGCCGAUUUAAAGGGGUUGGAGGAAACACUUUCCGACUGACGAAAGCAAGAGAAAGUUGGUUAUUUUGUUUACAUAAAAGUUUAUUGUCUUUACAUGUGAAUAUUCAUCAUGUCUAGUCUACAGAAGAGUGUGUUAAAAUCGAAGUUGCCACCGAUAGUUCCCUCAGCACCUCUUCAAAGCAGGGGAGCUCGUCGAGGAUUAGCUGGCAGGAGACGUGAUUAUACUCCCGUUCAAUGGGAUGCAUACUUCACAGAAAAUGAAGAUAUUCGAGUAAAUAAUAACAAGUUUCGUGUCUACAAAUUGGGAACCACUGGCCCAGUGUUGAUGCUUUUACAUGGUGGUGGAUUCUCUGCAUUGACGUGGUCACUCUUUUCUGCCUCUGUUACUGGUAUGGUUGAAUGUCGUGUUGUGGCUAUGGAUCUCAGAGGACAUGGUGAUACUGUCACAGAGGAAGAAGAAGAUCUGUCAGCAGAAACAAUGGCAAAAAAAUUGAUGCAUAAUGGACGUAGUUUUCAUACAUGUGGUGCAAUUAUGUCAAAUGUAAUAAGGAAGGGUCAUGCAGUAAAAGAAAUAGUAGACAUUGUAGUUGAAGAUUUUGAUGAACUAGACGAGGAAUGUGACACGGUGGAUGUUGUGGUUCUACCUCCAGGCACCAUAGAUGCACUGACUGACAAUGAUGAAGCGCUGAACGAUAUCACAGGUUUACUGGAAUCUAUUGGCAAAGCUGAAUGUGACUGGAGAAAAAUUUGGGUCUUGGGACACGGAUGAGAUGUGGGUGAUGUUGUGGCUGGACUGUAUGGUUCCGAUCCUCCAUCAAUUGUUUUGAUUGGUCACAGUAUGGGUGGGGCCAUUGCUGUCCACACAGCCAUAAAAGACUAUAUUCCUUCACUCAUUGGACUUGCUGUCAUUGAUGUGGUAGAAGGAACAGCUCUUGAUGCUUUGGCAAGCAUGCAAAGUUUUCUGCGCAGUCGUCCCUCUUUUUUCAAAUCACUUGAACAUGCAAUAGAAUGGUGAAAAACCCUGGUUGGAAGGACAUACAACUUAAGAGCUGAUACCUUGGGUGGUAGAACUGUGGAGGUGGUGAAUGUGGAAUAUGGAAUUGAAUUGUUUCCAAUAGAUAUUGGGGUGUUCAAGUUUGUCCUGGUGACUUCAAUGGAUUUGAAUGUGAGGAGUGGGCAAGUGAGAAAUACAGAUUCAGCAAGAGUAUCGAUGCCUGGACAGAUAAAAAAUAUGGAAACUGGUGCUCUUGCUACCAAUGAAUUGAGUUCCCAUGUUCCUUCGUCACCGACUGCAGAAGUGACACCAGUUCCUCUUUCAGACAGUAUCCAAGAGGAGGAAGGUGAUGUGCCAAAUAGUAAUCCAAAUCAAGUUUCUUCAGAAUUUAAGGCACCACUACCACAGUUUGGUGGUGAUAGUAGAAAGUACACAUGGAGAAUAGACCUUGGCCGUACUGAAAAGCAUUGGGCUGGCUGGUUUAAAGGCCUCUCCAAUAUGUUUUUGAGUUGUCCAGUUCCCAAAAUGUUACUAUUAGCUGGCAUUGACAGACUUGAUAAAGAUCUUACAGUGGGCCAAAUGCAAGGAAAGUUUCAGAUGCAAGUACUACCCCAGUGUGGACACGCGGUUCAUGAAGAUGUGCCAGAUAAAGUGGCAGAAGUUGUAGCAACUUUUCUUGUGAGGCACAAAUUUGCUGAACCAGCUGCUAAUUUUGAGAGGUAUGGACAUUAA